CUCUCUGAUGGUUAAAAAAGCUGUUUUUUCAGAUUUGUGUAUAUUUGUCUCAUAUAAAUGUCAACUAAGCUGACCAGAACUUUUCCUGUUUCAGUGUCUGAGCUGAGGGUUGUUCUGCUGGGAGGCAGCUGGUCCAACAGAAGUUCAUUAGGAAACUUCAUACUGGGAGAGACUGCUUUCAGGAAAACAUCAGAGUCUUUUCUGAGAGUCAGUGAACCAUUCAGAGACAAAACAGUAGCCGUCAUCAACACCCCAGAUCUGCUGUUUACUACCGACGACAACCUGACAGAGUUUAUACGAAGAUGUGAAAGAGAAUCUGAUCCUGGACCUCAUGUGUUCCUGCUGGUUGUACAGCCUGAAGACUUCACUGAGGAGCAUGGAUGGAGGCUACAAACAGUCCUUGACCAAUACAGCGACCGAUCAUUUGAUCAUUCACUGCUGCUGAUAUUAACGCCCAGAGAGGAGAGUCCAGGUUGGAUGGAGAAACACAUGGAAAACGCUCCCUUAAAAGGCCUGAUCAGAAAAUGUAGAUACAGAUACUUGAUGAUGAAGAACCUUGACCAUGAAGAGCUGCUGACACGCUUUGGUCAGAUUUCAAAAGAAAACAACGGAGAACAUGUGAGCUAUGAAGCAUUUGAGGAGCCAACAGCUACUUUAGAAGGUCGUUAUCAAAGCCUGAAACAAACGAAACCACCAACAAGUUCUAUCACAGCUGCUGUUAAAGCUGCUGGUAAGUACAGAAACUCUUCUGACAAGAAAGCUAGAACUCGCAAUAUACAUAUAAAUCCUCAUUAUAUCAAAUUAAAACAAUCUGCAAAUUAACGAUGUGAUUUUUUUUACAGGGCUGCAUGAACAAAUCGUUCCUCAACUCUCUUCAUCUCAGAGUGAGUAGUUUCAUCACAAAGUUACUUUAACUGCUUUUCAAUACUUAAUCAUGGUCAAUUUAAUUUGGCUUUGUUGACAAGAAUUUGAACUUUAAUUUCAAAAUGAAAAUAUUGUCCUACAAAGUAGGGUUAAGAGUCCCUCAGCCAAGGUUUGAGUGCAGCUUCCCUGCAAGACCACUGACAGAACGACCUCCUUAUGGGCUCCAUUAGACACCCUUUUCUUCUCCCAAUACAAGAAAACCAGAGUAUCGAACAAAUUAAGAAAUCUUCAUCCUCAAUUAAAAGGUCUGCUGGUUCCAUUCUUUGGCAAAUUUGUGCUCUCAAGUGGUGCUCAGGUAAGAACCCAGGUGCAGAUAUCCAGGCGCAUGCACCUGAUAUGGUGUGGUAACAAAAACAACUUUAAAACAGCUUACUGAAAGAGAGACAAAGCCUGGCCAACAAGCAAAGGGUGGCUGUAGUGUGCAGGUGAAUAAAGACAGAUAAAGAUGGAAGGAAUUAUUCCAAUAGACAGAAUCUAAAAGCACAGCCUUAACUGAUGACAUCAAAACCCUUCGCUCAGGGGAUCAUUAUGAUAUCUAGAUUAGAUUAAAUCCUCAUUGAUCCCACAGCAGGGAA